AUGAUCACUGUUGCAAUUGUACUUCGAACUUUAUCGGACAAAUUCGGUCCGUUAGGCCACUAUAUUGGACCACUUCAACCUCCUCUCCGCUCUUAUAAGGUGUUCGAUCAUUUGGUUCGCCGGUGCCGGGACUGUUAUUUCGAUCGGAGAGAAGGACGUCUGUAUGUGGAAUGUAAAACCCACCCGCGGCAUAAGCAGGCGCAAAAAAUGCGUGAACCCAAGACACCAUGGCAAUACAAAAGACAAAUAUGGAAACACGUCUGUUGGUAG